CAAACACAUUUUUAAGGCGCUAACUAACGUAUCCCCCCCUUACGACCUUAUCUUAUCCCAAGGUCACAACGGAUUAAAGAGGCUUGUGCUGUUGCUGUUGCUGUUGAUGUUGGUUGCUUCUCUCACAGAGGUCAAAACCAGAGCUCCAAUGGCGGCCAAGCUCAAGAAGAAGAGAGGAAAGCAUUUGUUUUUGUUGUUAUGCUUUACGACCUAGUCAUUUUCUUGGUGUGGUUAGGGCUUUCAUCAUUAUUACCCUUUUUUUCUCUCUUAAAUAAAGCUCUUUUGUUGGUCUACAGCAUCCUCCAUUCAAAGCUCUUCGGUUUCCGUGUUCCACUUCUUUUAAUCUUUUUCUCCUAAAGACCUCAUCCCUCGUUACCUCGAUUCUUGAAUCUCAAAAUACUCUUGUGAAGAUAAUAUCUCUUCGUUUUAGAGGAUCUCCGAAAGCAUUUCGAGAUCUGCUUCCUGGAUUCCUUCUUUCUCGUCUUUUUCUUGGUUUUGAAUCUCAAAAACCUAGACUUCAAUGCUACGGAUUGAAAGAGAGAGGGAGAGAGAGUUAAGGACUUAAGGCUCUCCGACUAGUUUCCUCUGCUUAAAUGUUUCUCCGUCUGGUUCAAGAGCUUUUAGUAGUUGAAAGAACUCGUGUGUAUCUUUGAUUCGAGGAGCUUUGCGUAGAACCGUUUUUAAAAUCCAAUUUCUUGUGUGUUCUUCUCAAUAGAAGGUCAAAUCUAAUAGAAAUGGGAAGUAAAUGGAGGAAAGCGAAGAUUGCUCUUGGACUUAAUCUCUGCGUAUACGUCCCUAGAACUUUAGAGGAAGCUUCUCCCUCUGCCGAUGCCUGUGGAAGAUAUUCAGAUGCUUCUUCACUUUCUCCCUCGGUUUCACCGGGUUCCCGAAUCUUAGAUUCUGUACCGAUAAUGCCCACCACGCCCACACCUUCUUCGUCCGGUCUUCGGCUGUCGAAGAGCAAUAGCAGGUCCUUGAAGAGGACCUGUGCUAUAUGUCUGGCCAACAUGAAACCAGGACAAGGCCAUGCUAUUUUCACUGCAGAAUGUUCACAUUCCUUCCAUUUCCAGUGUAUUGCAUCUAAUGUGAAACACGGCAGCAAAAUUUGCCCAGUUUGUAGAGCAAAAUGGAAAGAAAUCCCAUUUCAAGGCCCGAAUUUAGAUCCCCCUCAUGAGAGUGCAAGAAUUAAUCCGGUGGAUUGGCCUCAAGAUGAUGCCUGGAUGACUCCAUUGCGGCGACUUCCUCCUCCACGUCUAGCCUCCCAUCGACAGAUGGCAUCGCCUUUCCAGGCUCCUGAGCCGAAUGUAUUCAAUGACGAUGAACCCUUGGAACACCAACUUGAUUUGGCACAGAUAAGCUCUGUAAUCAAGGACGUUUCUGACAACAACUGCAUUAGAACAGUAGAGAUGAAAAUGUACCCUGAAGUUACAGAAGUUCCGAGGGAAAACUCCCAAGAUAAUUUCACUGUUUUGAUCCAUCUCAAGGCUCCUGGUUCAGAUGGUAGUUCAAGCAGAAAUCCUGCCACCUUGCCAGUAAUCUCUCAAACUUCUCGGGCUCCAGUUGACCUUGUCACAGUGCUUGACGUCAGUGGUAGCAUGGCUGGUACCAAGCUUGCAUUACUGAAACGAGCUAUGGGAUUUGUGAUACAAAACCUUGGUCCUUCUGACCGGUUAUCAGUCAUUGCUUUCUCGUCCACUGCGCGACGGCUUUUUCCUCUGCGACGGAUGUCUGAUAUUGGACGGCAGCAGGCUUUACAGGCUGUGAAUUCUCUGACUUCAAAUGGUGGGACCAACAUUGCUGAAGGCCUGAGAAAGGGUGCCAAGGUUAUGGAAGACCGCAGGGAGAGAAAUGCAGUCGGUAGUAUCAUAUUGUUAUCCGACGGGCAGGACACAUACACCGUCAAUGGCCCAGGAGGAACCCACCACCGCGCUGACUACCAGUCACUCCUCCCAGUGUCGAUUCGUGGUGGUGGCAGUACAGGAUGUCAGAUUCCAGUGCAUGCAUUUGGGUUUGGUGCAGAUCAUGAUGCCGCUUCAAUGCACUCAAUCUCAGAGUCUUCCGGUGGGACCUUCUCCUUCAUAGAAGCUGAGGGUGUUAUCCAGGAUGCAUUUGCUCAGUGCAUAGGAGGGCUCCUGAGUGUGGUAGUUCAGGAAUUGCGCGUCAGAAUUGAUUGUGUACACCCAGGUAUUCGCAUUGGGUCACUAAAAUCUGGAAGCUAUCCAAGCCGUGUGAUGAAUGAUGCACAAACAGGCUCUAUUAAUGUUGGGGAUUUGUAUGCUGACGAAGAGAGGGAUUUUCUGGUGUCUGUAAAUGUACCAGCGAAUGGCUCCCAUAAUGAGACACCGUUGGUGAAGGUGGAAUGUGUUUAUAGAGAUCCCGUUACGAAAGAAUUGGUAUGUUUGGAAGGCAAAGAAGUUAGAAUUCAGAGGCCUAAGGUUGCAGGACAACAGGUGGUGUCCAUUGAGGUGGACAGGCAGCGAAGCAGGGUGCAGGCAGCUGAGGCAAUGGCGGAUGCCCGAGCUGCAGCGGAACAAGGUGACCUAACCGGUGCAGUUUCUAUCCUCGAGAGGUGCCGCAAAGAAUUGUCAGAAACCGUGUCAGCACGGGCUGGUGACAGGCUCUGUGUUUCACUGGAUGCAGAGCUGAGGGAGUUGCAGGAGAGGAUGGCCACCCGACGUGUGUACGAAACAUCUGGGAGGGCGUAUGUUUUAUCUGGACUUAGCUCUCACUCAUGGCAGAGGGCGACUGCACGUGGCGACUCAACUGAUAGUGCAAGUCUUGUCCAGUCCUACCAGACACCAUACAUGUUGGACAUGCUCACCCGCUCUCAGACCAUGCCUCUUGGUGGUGCAUCGUCCCAACCUCCAGUCAGACCAGCUCGGUCAUUUUCAUCACAACCUCGGCCUAGGUAAUAUUACCAGAUUUUCUGGUGGAAUUAUCAUCAGAUCACAUCUGUAUUUGCUUUGUUACUUUAUUUUUCUUUCUUUAUCAAGGGCGGGGGUAUAUCUUAUCUUAAUCUUAUAUUGGAGGGAUACAAGA